CAGAUAUGCAGUGCUUUUAUUUAGUUGUUUCAUGUUCACACACACAGUUAAGAAAAAUGAUGUAUCGGUCCAAGCAACAGAUCCAACCUGAGGACAGCACAUGUGAGGAUCAGAGCAGAGAGCAGACAGACGGGAAGACGGACGCAGAGAGACCCUCCACCUGGACAUGGACCACCUGAUGCUGCUGCUGCUGCUGUGGAGCUCAGGACUCCAGGCUGAAGGAGAACUCAACUCAACAGAGUCUGUCAGGUUGGUGGGAGGAGCCAGUCGCUGUAGAGGAACACUGGAGGUGAAACAUGAAGGAGAAUGGAGACCAUUGGAUUACUCUGUCUGGACCCUGAAGACAGCAGCUGCUGCCUGCAGAGAGUCAGACUGUGGCUCUGCUGUUUCUGUAGUAGAGAGAGAAGAGUCCUCCUACAGAUCUGUGUGGGGGAUCUGGUCUGACUGUGUUGAGUCUGGAUCUGCUGUGAGGGAGUGUGCUGCAUCAGGUUCCUCUUACACCGUCCUUCAUCUCACCUGCUCAGAUCAUGGGUAGAUGCUAGAUCACACCUGAUACACGUGUCAACAUCAACACACAGCAUCCUGUUCAGGCGUCAACACUUC